GCCUUUCGUUUCCCGGUGUACCCUUCUCGUUUUCGUUGCAAUGGGUUGCUACUGGUCCGCACGCGUGUCUGCGACCGCUUCCGCAAGCUUUCUGCUUUCGUGACGCCCGCGUGCACCGGGGAUGGUGCAAGACUCUGCCCGGAUAUUUCAAUAGCUCCCAUGUGUUUGACGAAAUGCCUCUGAGAGCACGCUUCAUGGGGGUGCGUUAUUAGGGGGUGAGCAAGCUUGAGUUGGCAUAAAGGUAAGAACUCUAUGGUCGCAAAGAUGAGAAUAAUGUCAAAGGAGUUGGUCGAGGCUGUCCGUUUCAUUUGUACGGUAGACUUCUGGAUAAUGGCGGUACUCUGGACGUUUUCUUUGUUGGCCUCAUACUUGCCAUUCUUCAGCCAUGGUCUUUUUGUUCGAAUUGUUUCAUACCCUCGAAAUGCCAAUGUAGAAGUUCCUGUGAGACCUCUCUGCAUUAUCACUGGCGCUACAUCUGGCUUGGGGGCCGCUGCUGCUUAUGCUCUUUCAAAAGAAGGUUUCACUGUUGUCCUUGUUGGACGGUCUGCUCAUAGGUUGUCGAAGAGAGUGGCAGAGAUUUGUAAACACAAUAAGGAUGCCCAUCUUAAAGCUUUUCAAGUUGACAUAUCAUCUAUCCAAUCAAUCUUACACUUCAGAUGCUCCCUUGAGCAAUGGCUGGUGGAAUCAAAUAUGCAUGCUUCGGUCCAACUUCUGAUAAAUAAUGCUGGAAUAUUGGCAACAUCCAGGAGAAUUACAGCUGAAGGCUUUGAUGAGAUGAUGGCAACAAACUACAUGGGAGCAUUCUUUCUGACAAAGCAUUUAUUACCACUUCUCAGAAACAGCCUUGUUCCAUCUCGGAUAGUCAAUCUCACAUCUUUUACGCAUCGAAGCGUACGUGGUAUGAUGUUUGACAAGGAAAGUGUUACUGGGAAGAGUUCCUUCAGGAUGAAACAGUAUCCAUGUGCACGGAUAUAUGGCUAUUCAAAAUUAUGCCUUCUACUGUUCUCAUACGAACUUCAUCGACGGCUUCGCUCAGAAAGUUCCUGUCAUGUUUCCAUUGUGUAUGUAUCAACAAUUCUGCUACUCUGGAUUUCACAUUCUUGUAGGACAGUUGCUGUGGAUCCUGGAGUGGUGAAAACCAGUAUCAUGCGAGAAGUUCCCCCUUACCUUUCCUACACAGCUUUUGCAGUUUUAACUGCAAUGGGCCUUUUGGAUUCACCUGAAAGUGCGGUCAACUCAAUUCUGGAUGCAGCCCUUGCCUCUCCAGAAAUUUCUGGUGUGUAUUUCUUUGGUGGGAAGGGCCGGACUAUCAACUCUUCUUCACUUUCGUACGACGCCAAACUUGCCAGAGAAUUGUGGGCCACCUCGUGCGAUUUGUUUCUGGAGGCACAGCUAUCUGCUAAAAGUACUUCCAGCGCAGAACAAAGAUGAGCAUUUAAGGGAACAAGUCUUCUUGCAAUUAGAGCCUGUCCGUCUAGAGUCCUCAAACUUCUGACAAAGCUAGCUGGAGUAUGACCAUCGAUCUGCGUUAAAGGAGUUACACAAGUGCAACGUGAUCCUCAUUUACAGUUUCGGAUAAAUAUUUAGGAGCAGAUUUUUCCCUUAGUUGUUGAUAUGCCAUCGUUGAGCCGACGCGGAUGUUGACUCUGCAGAUUUUCCUUCUAUUUGACAUCUGACAUUUUUAGUCAUUUGCUUAAACUUUUAAAUGAUUCGCUAACUUAAGCUUCGAACGAUUAACCGAAUUUAUCAACAGCUUAUGGCUGGUUGUUCUUAAUCCUCCGCAGCUUUAUGGAUUGGUCUUGUCCUUCGGUUCACAGGAGGUAAACAUGAAUAGUUACCAGAGAAAUAUGGAAUGGAAAUCUUUGGUUGCAUCACAUGCAUCGUGGGCCUUCUUGACUUGAAUAUGUCAGAGCUAUUGCAGAACACUAUCACACUCCAAGACGAGGUCAUGCCAUGCGUCAGAGACUAGAGAGACUUCUUUCUAUUGGAUUUUCUUGUAAGAAUCUCUACGUCAAUCAUGUCUGCGUUU